AUGUCAGAAGCUGCACCAAAAGAAAUAUUGAGUAGUUCACCACUUGAAAUGCCGGGAGAUAUGAACAACCGAGAGGAUGAAGAUGACGAGCUCUUAUCUGAGAAGAGAAAACUUGAGCAGUAUGACUUGACAAAAGAGGUUUUAUCACAUCUGGAUUCCCUUGCUGAGGAAUUUAUGCACUAUUUUCCAGAUGUCACAAUGGAGAAAUCUCUUUGGAUAUUGGUGCAGAAUCCAUUUAACACUGAUGUGGAGCUGUUAUUGGAAUCACUGCAAGAGGAAGCCAUUGAUUUGAAAUGUGACUCGAGCGCGAAAAGGGACUUUGAAACAAUGAAGUUAGAAGAGUUUUGGGUGAAAUAUCUCCCCAUGUACCCAAACGUAGGCGAAGAAGCACUUCGUGUGAUUCUUCCCUUUCCUUCUACUUAUCUUUGUGAAGCAGCGUUUUCAGCUCUUGUUGUCCUGAAAACAAAACAGCGCAACCGACUUGAUGUAGAAAAUGACCUGCGUUGUGCGCUUUCAUCCUUCAAUCCUAUAAUUUCUAAUCUUGUGGGGAAAAAGCAGCAGCUUCCAUCUCACUAA